ACACUGGUGGCAUCUUAAAGCUCCUGUAGGACACUUAGUUUGUGUCAAUAUUGGCGCCCCCUGUGGACAAAGCAGAAUACCUCUCUCCUCGCUGAUUUUGUCCUAAACUUGUGAGUGUUGUCUAAUGUAUCAGUCAGUGUGAAGAGUGACUCUUGUUCCUGAUGGUCUCAUAUCGAUGCAUUACUUUUAAUUGUACUCAUAACCAUCUAAACUCCUUCCAGGAGCUUUAAGCACUUUGAACUGCUCCUCUUACGUGAAAGACUCUAAACAAAGCUUCACUGUUAUUAUAAGAAUGGUGACAACACACAAGUUGACGCAUAGUUAAUCUCGUUUAGUGCGAGUACAUGUGAUAUUUUUAACAUGUGACGCAGACACACACCACUCUCUAGAGGUCUCAUGCACCACAAUAUGAUGGACAUCUCUGUGUUUAAAAAGACAAAAUAAAGAGGAAGUGAAGACUAAACAAAAAUGUUCAUGUUCAGACGGGCUUAUCAUCUUCAGACACUCGUUUCCUAUCUGGCCCCUUUCCUGCUUAUUACCUCACCAAACAUCUCUGCAGGGUUCACUUCUCUGGAAAACUUGAAAAAAAGACACAGACAGUUUCCAAAUGUGCAUCAUAUGUCAGGAAAAAAAGUCUAUGUAGAUUUAGAUAUGUGUACAUUUCCAUUAGAUCUCAUUUAAAGCAGCCAAAGAGUCUGAAUAAGUCAACAAGUCAAUAAACAUGAUUCAUUUCAAACUUCUGAGGGGAAGUUUUAGUGGAAAGGAUUCAGAUUUGUUGCAUAAAACAUGAAGGGAAAAGAUAAAUCAGAAGACAGGUGUGGUGAAGGAGGGAUUUUUCGUCCAGUGUCACCUUUGAUCCCCAUAAACCACAGCCAACAGUGACAGGCGUGAGGGGGCGAUGCGUUCACAGGUUCACUCUGCGCAUGUUAAAACAGAAACCCGUUCGCACGACCCACAUUCCUUUUGAAACAGAGAUGUUUUCGUGCUUGGUACACUCAGGGAGGUGUUUGUGACUUCAGAGUUUCCUCCCACUGAGCGGCGGUACACAGAAGUGACACGGAGGAAAUGUAAAGAAGAGACAGAAGAGACUUUGACGCUUGACUUUACAGCUGUUCAAGAAGAAGAAGAAGAAGAAACAUGGGGAAACGUCUUCUUUUGCUCCUGGUUUUUAUCCUCUGUCUGAGCGUUACGCUUCAAAAGAAUGGGAAAAAGAGAGGCAGAGGACACAGGAAGAACAGCUCCGAGGUUUUUGUUGCUGUUCCCAGAACUUUCAGAGGAGAGCCAGACCUUCAGCCCCGUUUUAUUUUUGUCUUAAACGGGACACAGGCUCCAGUUUCCUCCCACUCCUCUCCUCCAUCACUGCGGUCUCUCAGCAACAGCACGGUGGGAUACCUCCUCGGCCCUCUGAGCACGCGGGUCAUCCCCAUUAUUUAUGUUCUGGCCGUGAGCGUGGGGAUCCCGGCCAACAUCGCCAUCUUGUGCUCGCUGGCCACCAAAAUCAGAAAAGUGUCCUCCGCCAUCCUCUACUGCAGCCUGGCCGUCUCCGACCUCUUCCUCCUCCUCUCCCUCUUCUUCAAGGCUCACUACCAUUUCCAUGGAAACCACUGGGGGCUCGGGGAGGCCGCCUGCCGAAUGGUCACGGCCUGUUUCUAUGGCAACCUGUACUGCUCAGCCAUGACACUUGCCUGCAUCAGCAUUAAGCGCUACCUGGCCGUGGUGCACCCGUUCAUGUACAAAGUGCUUCCCAAGAGGACGUACACGGCGGUCGUCAGCCUCGCCGUAUGGGGGGUGUUUGGUGCCGCCGUCGUACCCGAACUCCUCAUGCAGCAGAGCUACUGGCUCCCCGAGGUGGGCCGCAUCACCUGCCAUGAUGUCCUCCCUCUGGACUCGCACGUCUUCCUGCUCUACUACAACCUGCUUCUAACCGUCUUCGGCCUCCUGCUUCCUCUCGGGGUCACAGUCGUUUGCUUCGUUCGCAUUAUCUGCGAGCUCCAGCAAUCGCACCACGACUGGGCGAUGUACAUCAGAGCCAGCUCUCUGGUGUUCGCAAUCUUCCUGCUGUGCUUCACUCCCGCCGGAGUCCUGCACUUCCUCCACUAUGUGCGGCUCUUUGCAGAUGGAACGGAAACUCUGUACGUCUAUUUUCAGGCUGCAGUGUGUCUGUGCUGCGUCCAUGCCUGUCUUGACCCCUUCCUCUUUCUGCUCAUGUCCAAGUCUGCAGGCUCCUCACUUUACUUCAGGCCCUUCAAAGGAAAAUCUCUGAGUAUAUCUAUAUGAGACAGCGGAACCAAUGACUCAAAGGACGGUCUGUAGUUACAUCUUGCAGCUGAUGAAAAAGGGGGAUUUUCUCUGUGGCUGGAAUCCAAAGAGAAAGAGAAAGGACCUUGAGAGUAUUUGUGUUAAAAAGCAUCAUGCAGUCUGAUUUUCUGUCGUCUGCUUGCAGAAUAAACAUAAUGUAUAUAUGUAUGUCUAUAAAGUGAAAGAAGAUACCAGUCAAAAGUUUGGAAACACCUUCUCAUUCAAGGGUUUGUAUUUAUUUUAAUUAGAUUAAUACUGAGGACAUCAAAACUAUGAAAGAACAUAUAUGGAAUUAUUUAAUUCACAAAAAGUGUUAAACAAAGCAGAAUAUGUUUUAUAUUUUAGAUUCUGUAAAGUAGCCCCCUUUUUCCUUCAUGACAGCUUUGCACACUCUGGGUAUUCUCUCAGUCUGCUUCAUGAAGUGGUCUCCUGGAAUGGUUUCUAAUUAACAUGAGCCUUGUCAAGAGUUCAUUUGUAGAAUGACUUGCCUUCUUAAUGUGUUUGAGACCAUCAUUUGUGUUGUUCAGAGGUAGGGUUAGUACACAAUGGAUAGCCCUAUUUGACUACUGUUGUAAUCCAGAUUAUGGGAAAACCAGAUUAUUAUAUAGUUUUGAUGUCUUCAGGAUUAAUCUACAAUGUGGAAAAUAAUUCAUAUAAAUACAAACCCUUGAAUGAGAAGGUAUUUCCAGACUUUUAACUGGUAGUGUAUAUUAAGCUGUUACUAUGUUUUCUCUCUGUGUUGAAGUCUUCCUGGUGGAGGCAUUAAUGUUUGAAAUGUAAAGCUGACAUUAAACCAUGUGACACAGCCGGUCACACAAACAUGUAUAAACUUUGUGUACAGUGUCAUCCUGUGUGGAGCUGUGAUCUCUGCUGAUUAAAACUGAAACCAAAUCAUGUA